GGGAGCUAAGCCAAACCUUCUCGAUCUUGAGUUGGAACGAGGCUAGUCACUCGACUCACUCUCUACAUACAGGAAGAACAUUGGGAAGUGGAACAAAAAAGGAGAAGAAUCUUUAGGGAACUGAUAUCAUGUGAGAGCAGUGAAAAUUGUAAAAUAAAACCAUAUCAGAAUUCUUCUUCUUCUUCUUCUUGUUAUUGUUGUUAUCAAAAUCCAGGAUGUGGCAUAAAGCCUCGUGUCCGAAUAAUUGGCAUGAGGCAACCCGAGCUCAACCGACAAUGGAAUAAGGGUAUCAUGUAGCCAAUAAACAACAUUUAUAUCAUCGUGAACAUCAUCAUCAAUGGAACUAUUCUGCUCAAGUGAACCAUGUUAAAAAGAACCCGUGUGUUGUGAAAUAUUCUUGAAUCCUGGCUUUCAGACCCACAAAAAAAAGAAUAAUGUUAUUGUUGUGAACGCGGCUUUCAUAUCCUCGCGGAACUAGUAAUAAUUCAGGCUUUCAAACACUCAUAUCAAUCCUAUAUAUCUACCUUAACAUAUUUAUACAUAUAUCUACCCACCAUGACCAAUGGAAUAGUGCAAAUGGAAAUGGCUUUGCUAUCUGUGAUACUCGCUUUGUCUUGGAAUUCCCAACCAGUUCAGGGAGACCUCGGAGAAGGCACCUACAACCGAAUGUUUGGCACCUACAUCGGAAGACUUCGGGCUUACUCACAAGGGAUCUCGGGACAGGUUUAUGUGGUUGAUGACCGCCACUUAUUCAUCAGUAACUUCCGGUACGAAAAGGCCGGUCCUGACGCUCAUUUUUGGGUUGGAGACGGUGCCCAACCUUCCCCUCGGGGUCAAAUUGUCCCAUAUCCUCCGUUACCAGAGGACGAUUUCCUGUACAUGAGUGGCGGUGGCACUUCCAAGGAUCACCAGGAUCAAUUCAAUCGGAUCAAUGGCAUCAAUUCCGGGACUAGGGGGCGUUAUCCAGGCAAAGGGCAACAGCAACAACAACAUCAACAUCACCGACAACAGCAGCACCGACAACAACAGCCACCACCACAUCAACAACAACAGCAAUUUAUGAUGGUCAACCGAUACAAUCCAGGAUUGAAUCGAGGAGCGCCUCCUGCUCAUCCUCCAAGAGUUGACAUUGGAAAUCAAGAGCCUCCUGUCCUCCCGAGAAUGAACAACGAGAAUGUUCUCCUGAAACUACCAGGAAACCUGAAGGUCACUGACAUCCGCUGGCUUUCAAUUUGGUGUCGCCGGUUUACCGUCAACUAUGGGGAGGUCUACUUUCCCAGCAAGUUCAUCGUUCCCAAGGCUAUGAUGCUGAGCAACUUUCCGAUCAACCGUGAGAAACUGAGUUCAGGUCGGAUUCGAAUCUUGGACACGGAAUCGUUUUUCAUUCCCAACUUGAGACUGCGACUCAACGAUCCAGGUUAUCAUUUCGUGGUCGGACGGUCCAAUAAUGGACCCAACAACAAUGGGAUCAUGAUCCCUGAUGAGAAGGCCCGUUAUGAAGACUUGAAAGUAUACAACAACCAGGACAUCAUUAUCAGUGUUCCAAAGUCUACCAACAUGUUCGAGAUCAAUUACCUGGCCAUCUACAACGAAAACCUCCAACACAAUCUGGGACAUAUUGAGUUCAACGUCAGUAACGCUCGGAUUCCGCCAGCAUUGGGACAAACCAAGAAACCAGGCUGGUGGUUCAGUAUGCCACUUCCCCCAGUGGAUCAGAAGCCCAAGACCAAUCACGGGAAACAGAAGGAUGUGGUCCAGUUCAAUACCGAUUUGAAUCCAUCGAAUUGUCGGGAACUGUUGGGGCGCAAGAUACGGUUGCUUUGGGUAAAUGAAGGUGGUCAGAUCUACUUCAGGAUCAAGGUCCACAUGGACCCAACCCAGUUUGCCGCACUUGGGAUCGCCGCACGGGGCUCGCCAAAUAUUGACGCAGAUAUUGUCAAGAUCUUUUUUAACGCCACUGCCAACCGCUACGUUACGGAGGACAGUUUCUUGGCCAAACAGUUGCUGUGCGAUUUCUCCAAUGGCUUAUGUGCUGAUACCAGUCACCAGUCCCAGGACAACAUCAGGUAUAUGGGGAGUGUGAAGAACCACGGUCUCAGCAUCAUUGACUUUCGUCGCUCAAUUGUGCCCGGGGACAUGCAUGACGCCCCUAUUUCCCUGGAAGGUCCCACUCAGGUCAUCGUGGCCAUUGGAUCUCUGCACGCGUCAAACAAUCCGUUUGGCAUGAAUCGGAAUUUGAAUAUGGAAAUGGAAAACACCACCAUUGACUUCUCUGGCGACGAGUCGGCAAACACUUGUCCAGACGUGACCACAGUUAGGAAGUUUGAAGAACCAGACCCGGAAGAAGCAUGGGAGAAGACAAGUAUCCACGGUAUGGACUACCUUGUUGCAGUCCUAGGCCCCCCUGGGGGUCGCAAGGGGUACGCCGCAAUAACUGGCGAUAAUCCAAUCCAGCACAGCGCAGUUUGGUGGAUCAAUGACAAACUCCUACCUGAGAUUUAUGUCGAGCGUGGCAAGACUUACUACUUCCGGGUUCAGGGAGGCGACGACCCAGCCAUUCCGAAAAACUUCCACCCUUUCUAUAUCACAAGUGAUAAUGGGGGUGGAUACUACGAGAAGAACCCCGCAGAGCGGAAGUUGGAAACUAUAUACGCAGGGGUAGACGGUAGACCGGGGCAGGAGGUGCCCUCUGGAGUUGGCCCCCUCUGCAUGUACACUUCUAAAGGUGCGGACAAGGCCAGUGAAAGUGAGACUUUUGCCGACUAUGUGUCCACUCUACAUAAAGCCUGUGAGCCUGGCCGUGACCACGAGUACGGCUGGGUCAAUUGGACCGUACCCUUUGAUACCCCGGAUCUGGUCUUCUACCAAAGUUACACUGGCUGGAAAAUGGGCUGGAAGAUCCAUGUGAUCAAUGAGGGCGAGGUCAGCUUGGGCAUUGUUCAGGCAAGCCUCUCUUGGUUGGCUAUAUUGGCGGGAAUAACCGCAGGACUGUACUGGUAAAACCAGACUGAACUCCUUUGGACAAAUUUACGUGAAUACUUGGAAACAAAGCAAUGGAAAAUUUAUCAAGCUCUGAAACUCAACAAUGGAACACCAUGAAACUCAACAAUGGAACAUCACAGAACGUCGACAUUCUUCAUCAUAUCAGGCCUUCAUAUGUAUAGUUCAAUUCCCAUUUACAAAUCCCUCCCAACAUUGUUAUAUAAGUAGAACUUUCAGCCAAUCUUCUAAUGGCUUCCCGACGAAAAAGAGUUUUGUUAUCAAAAAAAACUGUAGUGUUGUGACAUCAAAUUCUUAUUCAACUUCCAGUUGCUCUCAAAGCAACAUUCAAUUCAACCCUAACCAAGGCUUUCUCAAUUUCAGGGUUCCUGGAACCCAAGGCUUUCUAACACCUACCUAGAAGAAUGUACAAACAAGUACUCAUAAUGUUGCGCACACCAAUUGUUAACUAAAUAUUUCUAUUUACUUCAACUUAGUUCUAUUGAAUGACUCACUUUCCCCAUCCCCCAAAACACCAAAUUUCAUAUUGCAUAAAUAUACGCCAUAUCUCACUUUGAAAAUAUAAACUUAGUCAAA